AUGGCAGCUUAUGCAGCUUUGGUUUCUGUUAUGAAUAUCAUAGAUACCCUUAACAGACAUCCUCACCCUCCCAUCUCUCUCCACCCUAAACAGGCUGAGUCUCUCACUGAAAAGAUCACUUUCCUUGAAGGUUUUCUUGGAAUCUAUAGUCCCCAUCUCCCCUACAGCAAAGAAGCCGAUCCAUUGGAGAGUAGCAUCGCAGAUGCAGCUUAUGCAGCUGAAUACAUAAUCGAAUCGCAUAUUGUGGAUCAGAUCAAAAUGGACGGGGUAAGGGCUGGCCCCAAGUCCUUGUACGAAGCACUAGAGGAGGUGAUCAAAGACAUGGAUCUGAUCGAGAAAGAAGCCAAGGAAAUCAAACAGACUUUGGGCGUCCAACAUCAGCUGCACACCAAGUCAACACCUUCAGAUUCCUUGAAGUCUUCUCCGAUUGCAAAGGAGAGUAGCAUGGUGGGUGCUGAGGAGGCCUUGCUUGAAAUGAAGGAUAAACUCACUUCUGAUUGCCGUGAUCUACAGAUCAUUCCCAUUGUAGGAAUGGGUGGCUCUGGUAAGACUACUCUUGCUAUGAACAUUUAUCAAGACCGUCUUAUUAAGGAGCAUUUUUAUGUUUCCGCUUGGGUUGCCAUAUCUCAAGAGUAUAACAUUCAAGAAAUCCUCGUACACAUUCUUCGUCAGUUAAAUCAAAAUGUUGGUCAAACAUCGAGUGAGGAAGGUUUAGGAGAAAUCUUGCAUAAAAACUUAUUUGGUAGAAAAUACUUGAUUAUACUUGAUGAUAUGUGGAGUAUAAAGGCGUGGGAUGGGAUUAGGUGGUUUUUACCGGAUAACAAAAAUGGUAGCAGAAUAGUGGUAACAACUAGGCUAUCAAACCUGGGUUCUGAUUUAUCCCACUCUAAAAACUUUGAGAUGAGACUUUUGAAUUGGUUUGAUAGUUGGGAGCUUCUCUCCAAAAUUGUGUUUGGAGAGAACGUUUGCCCACCAGAAUUGGUGGACAUCUGUUGGAGAAUAGUUUCCGGCUGCAAAGGACUUCCAUUGGCGAUUGUUGUGAUUGGAGGACUUUUGGCCAAAUCCAACCAUACAAGAGAGAUUUGGGGGUCCAUACAGGAAAACUUGAGUUCAAUAGUGAAUUCAGAGGAUGAUGAAUGGUGUUUUAGAAUAUUACACAUGAGCUAUAAGCAAUUGCCGGUUUAUCUGAAACCGUGCUUUCUCUAUAUGGGGAAUUUUCGUGAAGAUAAGGUGAUACGUAGAUCACUGCUCGUUGAAUUAUGGGUUGCUGAAGGAAUUCUCAAACCAAUAAGUGGGAAAAGCUUGGAAGAGAUAGCCAAAAUGUAUUUAAAGGAUCUUGCCGAUAGAAAUCUUGUUUUGAUUGAUAAGAUUGGGACUAAUGGGGAGAUAAAAUCCUGCAAAAUUCAUGAUUUGUUGAGAGAUAUGUGUUUGAAAGAAGUUAAUAAGGAAAGGUUUUAUCAUGUCGUAAGAAAUGAUCCUUCGAGCACAUUUAAUCCAUACAUAAAAGGCCAACGUCGUGUUUUUUUUCCAAGAUGA